AUGGCGCGACCAUUGGGGCCUGUCCGUCUGAAGAAGGCGAAUCCCUUCACGCUGCUUCUCGGCGCCGUCCUAUGCAUCUUCAUCCUCUACUUCCUCAUAUCUCCUGGCAGUAGCGAUUUCUCUGCUGCCAGGAAGUCCGCCGCCGCGCUCCAUCCCUUAUCACCGCCGACAUCCCCCUUUCGCAAGACGCCCAAGUCUGCCAACGGCAAGAUCGCACCACCCCCCGUCACCCAUUACAAGAUGAACAACAUCACUACCACGGCCACCCCAGUCGAGAACAAGGAGGCUGUUCUCGUUCUGACUCCGAUGGCCCGCUUUUACCAGGAGUACUGGGAUAAUCUCCUGCGGUUGUCCUACCCUCACGAGCUCAUCACAUUGGGCUUCAUUCUGCCCAAGAACAAAGAAGGCAAUGCGGCUACAACAGCUUUACAAGCACAGAUUGCAGAGACCCAGAAGGGCCCCGAGAAGGACCGAUUCAAGAGCAUAAUCAUACUGAGGCAGGACUUCGACCCACCCCUGACCUCUCAAGACGAGAGCGAAAGGCACAAGAUGCAGAAUCAAAAGGUGCGCAGAGCAGCCAUGUCAAAGGCACGCAACUCACUCCUUUUCACGACCCUGGGACCAGCAACCUCCUGGGUGCUUUGGUUGGACGCCGAUAUUGUCGAGACACCGCCUACCUUGAUACAGGAUCUUGCGGCACAUGACAAGCCCAUUGUCGUACCGAACUGUUUCCAGAAGUUCUACAACUCUGAGCAAAAGAAGCAGGACGAGCGGCCAUACGACUUCAACAACUGGCAAGACAGUCCGACCGCGCAAGAUCUUCGGUCGAGGAUGGGACCUGAUGAUAUUUUACUCGAGGGCUAUGCGGAGAUGCCGACUUAUCGAGCCCUCAUGGCGUACCUGUAUGAGGCAGGUGCCGAUAGGGAUCUAGAGAUACCCCUGGAUGGUGUGGGCGGUACUGCAGUCCUCGUCAAGGCAGACGUCCACAGAGACGGCGCCAUGUUCCCUGCAUUCUCUUUCUAUAACCUGAUUGAGACGGAAGGCUUCGCGAAGAUGGCGAAGAGACUGGGGUGGCAUCCAACCGGACUGCCGAACUACAAGGUUUACCACUACAAUGAGUAG